AUGUCAGCUGAAACCUCACCACAUCAAUCUUCCCAUCUUCCUCCAGUCUACGCUCAGCAUCCCAAUCCCCUCACGUCCACUCCAUCCCAUUUACCUCCUCACCCGUCAUCCAUGCAUGAGUCACCUUACGGUCACGGCGAUAAUAGCAUGACAUCGAUCAAAACAGAUGACUCGUCAUUGAACGAUUCCCCUGUCGCGUCCUCAAAAGGUAAAAAUGGUGCAACAGGGCCAGCAGAAGGAAAAUCAAAACCUCACGUCUGUCCUAUAUGUCAAAGAGGAUUCACAACAGGAGGUCAUUUGCAGAGACAUCAUAGAAUUCAUACAGGUGUAAAAGCUUUCAAAUGCCCAUUCCCAGGAUGUGAGACUAAGACAAGUAGGCAGGAUAAUCUACAACAACAUUAUCGCACACAUUUGUCCCCUACCCUUCGACGUGGGUCCGGUUCUGCUGCUCGAGCUGCCGUCAAUGCCGCUAUGGAAGCCGCUGGACUGAAAUCCUCAUCUCGUGCAUCUCGAAAAUCAAAAGGAUCUGCUGGUGGUACACCUUCGUCAAACGCCAGUGGUCACAUUCCUUCACCUUAUGCUACUCCUACCAGUCAAGGUCCCCCAGCUCCUUAUGCGCAAUAUAUGUAUGAUCCACAACAUGGAUAUCCUGCGUACCCUAUGCCUCCCGGUGUCAGCAUGGCUCAAUCUCAAUCAGCAGCUUCGAGCCGAGUACCGUCUCCUGUGAAUGGACAUUCAUCUGGACAUUCAAGUGUCGGGUCUAUGCCACCGGCUCAUCAGCAACCAUUCUUCUCUCAACCUUAUGCAUCGCCAUAUGCUCCUUACCCAGGUGUUCAUCAACAACCCUAUCGAUAUGGACCUGCGGGAGGAAUGCCAUCACCGUACGGAGCAGGACCUCAUCCUCAUCAUGGACUUUAUUCACCUGGUAUAGCAUCAGAGCACGGUCAACAUAUGUAUAGCCCUAUGCAGAGUCAAUUCCAGACUCACUCAAGGGAAUCAUCAUACGGCAUUUUAACACCAGGAUAUGGCGGAGGAAAUCCAAUGUCAAAUGGUUACCCUCCUUCAAGAACCCAAAAUUCAACUCCGUUAAGUCAGUCACACGAUGAUUAUGGUAGAAGAGCAAUGUCACCCGGCCCAGGUCCAGGGCCAGGUCAAAAUGGUCGAAGAAGAUCACCACCACAUGAUAUGUUGGGUCAAGGUGUAGUAGACCCCUCAAGCAUGUCAACUAGAAUGGGUCCAGGUCCACCCAAUCAAGGUUUACCAUAUGGUUACGGAAGUCAUCAUAAUGGUAUGCCAUACGGCUACGGUCAACCCAUGUCUCAGCCUCAUUCAAGAGAUCCUUCAGGUCAUAGAACUAGCGUGUCAAGCUUAUCGGAGGACGGUUCAGGUAACGGUGGUUCAGAAAAUUCAAAGGGUCUUCAUCAAUAA